UAGCGUAGCCCGCGCCGGGCGGGAGGCUAGGUUCGCGGGGAUCGCGCUGCGCCCUGGGCACCCGGUAGGCUUCCGCGCCUGGUGCCGGAUACCCAGUGCCCUCCGGCUGCGCCCACACCCGGGAAAAGUUUCUGGUCCCCCAAAGCCGGACGCAGCCGGACCAGCAGUGCUCGACACAGAAGCCCUUUGUUCCCUGCUCUAGAGAGAGGCUGCUUGGCCACCUUGGGCCUUUUUUGGGAACGCUCCUGUCUGUUCCCAUUUCCCUCGCAGGGUUUCAGGUUCUUUGCUCCCAUCCUCGGAGAGGUCAACUUCGGCUGCAGAGUCUGUGGCGGCUUGGAGCCGGGGACCCCUGCGAGCUCUGCUCCCCGGAGUGAUGGGUCUCCCUGCGUGGACCUCUCCAACUUGUUCCGGACGUAGCCCGGCGGGGGCAGCUGUGGCUUCUGAGCCAACAUGUAGAGCAGAUCCAGGGACCCCAAGCUGCUUAGGCACGGGUGCCCAUCCCAUCUUGGGAGGCCUGGCAGUUCCCACUACGUGCCACAGAGCAGCGCUGUAGAGGGAUGUGGAGAAUGGUCUUUUUGGGGUCCAUAAGGUCUUUGGUGGCCUCUUCUGGGCUACCUGUGUGGUGCCUGUUGACAGUAUGAUCAGCUCCUGUGCCCUUAACCUGGAAAGGGCCUGCAUAGUCAUUGUAUUUAGUGGCUAAGCAGAGAGCUCUCCAGAUCCUGGGGAACAGGGACUGCGAGAAGGAAGCAGUUUGGGUUGAAAAUUGAAGCAGGCUUGGAAGAGGCUGUGUGAGUCCAGAGACCACGCUGUCCACAGCUUGGGAAAGCCUCACUUACAUCAUUUUCUUUACCUCCCCAACAGAAUUUAGAGUUUUGUGUUUUCGGCUCUGUAGGCUUUGUUAGUCCAUCUGGACUCACAAAAGGUAGCUGGAGAAUGAGACACACAUGUGUAGCAGUAGUGAACCGAUGACUACAUUUCCUUUGCUCAGAAUUUUAACAUCAAGGAUGCAGUGACUUAUGAUGAUGUGCAUGUGAACUUCACUGGGGAAGAGUGGAAGUUGCUGGAUCCUUCCCAGAAGAGUCUCUACAAAGAUGUGAUGCUGGAGACCUACUGGAACCUCACUGUUAUAGGCUACACUUGGGAAACCCAUCAUAUUGAAGGACAUUGUCAAAGUUCAAGAAGAAAUGAAAGGUAUGUAAGUAAUCAUAGUGGAGAGAAACUCUAUGAAUGUAAUGAACGUUCUAAAGCCUUUUCAUGUCCCAGUCAUCUCCAAAGUAAUAUAAGAAGACAAAUUGGAGAGAAAACACAUGAACAUAACCAAUGUGGUAAAGCCUUUCCAACACCCAGUCAUCUUCAAUAUCAUGAAAGAACCCAUACUGGAGAGAAACCCUAUGAAUGUCAUCAAUGUGGUAAAGCCUUUGCAAUACCCAGUCAUCUUCAAUAUCAUGAAAGAACCCAUACUGGAGAGAAAUCUUAUGAAUGUCAUCAAUGUGGUAAAGCCUUUGCACAACUCAGUACUUUAAAUCGUCAUAAAAGAACACAUACUGGAGAGAAACCCUAUGAAUGUAAUCAAUGUGGUAAAGCCUUUGCACGACGCAGUAGUUUAAAAUGUCAUAAGAGAACCCAUACUGGAGAGAAAUCCCAUGAAUGUAAUCAAUGUGGUAAAGGCUUUGCUCUACGCAGUAGUUUCCAAUGUCAUAAAAGAAUACAUACUGGAGAGAAACCCUAUGAAUGUGAUCAAUGUGGUAAAGCCUUUGCACAACUCGGUCAUCUCCAACGUCAUAAAAGAACACAUACUGGAGAGAAACCCUAUGAAUGUAAUCAAUGUGGGAAAGCAUUUGCAUGUCACAGUCAUCUCCAAUGUCAUAAAAGAACACAUACUGGAGAGAAACCCUAUGAAUGUAAUCAAUGUGGUAAAGCCUUUGCACAAUUCAAUAAUCUCCAAUGUCAUAAAAGAACACAUAUUGGAGAGAAACCCUAUGAAUGUAAUCAAUGUGGUAAAGGCUUUGCUCUACGCAGUAGUCUCCAAUGUCAUAAAAGAACACAUACUGGAGAGAAACCCUAUGAAUGUAAUCAAUUUGGUAAAGCCUUUGCACAACUCAGUAAUCUCCAAUGUCAUAAAAGAACACAUACUGGAGAGAAACCCUAUGAAUGUAAUCAAUGUGGUAAAGCCUUUGCAAAUCACAUUCAUCUCCAAUAUCAUAAAAGAACACAUACUGGAGAGAAACCCUAUGAAUGUAAUCAAUGUGGUAAAGGCUUUGCUCUACGCAGUAGUCUCCAAUGUCAUAAAAGAACACAUACUGGAGAGAAACCCUAUGAAUGUAAUCAAUGUGGUAAAGCCUUUGCACAACUCAGUAAUCUCCAAUGUCAUAAAAGAACACAUACUGGAGAGAAACCCUAUGAAUGUAAUCAAUGUGGUAAAGCCUUUGCACAACUCAGUAAUCUCCAAUGUCAUAAAAGAACACGUAUUGGAGAGAAACCCUAUGAAUGUAAUCAAUGUGGGAAAGUAUUUGCACAUCACAUUCAUCUCCAAUAUCAUAAAAGAACACAUACUGGAGAGAAACCCUAUGAAUGUAAUCAAUGUGGUAAAGGCUUUGCACAACACAGUCAUCUCCAAUGUCAUAAAAGAACACAUACUGGAGAGAAACCCUAAGAAUGUAAUCAUUGUGGGAAAGCAUUUGCGCAUCACACUCAUCUCCAAUAUCAUAAAAGAACACAUACUGGAGAGAAACCCUAUGAAUUUAAUCAACGUGGUAAAGCUUUUGCAUGACCCAGUUAUCUCCAAUACCAUAAGAGAACACAUAUUGGAGAGAGACCCUAUGAAUGUAAUUGGUAAAGACUUUGCACGUCACAGUCAUCUCCAAUGUCAUAAAAGAACACAUACUUUCCUGGUAUAGCUGUCUCUUGUGAGGCUGUACCAGUGCCUGGCAAAUACAUAAGUGGAUGCCCACAGACAUCUAUUGGAUAGAACACAGGGCCCUCAAUGGAGGAGCCUUAGAAAGUACCCAAGGAGCUGAAGGGGUCUACAACCCUGUAGGCGGAACAACAAUAUAAACUAACCAGUACCCCCAGAGCUCAUGUCUGUAGCUGCAUAUGUAGCAGAAAAUGGCCUAGUCUGCCAUCAUUGGGAAGAGAGGCCCCUUGGUCUUGCAAACUGUAUAAGCCCCAGUACAAGGGAACGCCAGGGCCCAGAAGUUGGAGUGGGUGGGUAGGGGAGCAGUGUGAGGGGAGUAUAUAGGGGGACUUCAGGGAUAGCUUUUUAAAUGUAAAUGAAGAAAAUAUCUAAUAAAAAAUUGAAAUGUAAAAAAAAACACACACUGGAGAGAAACUCUAUGAAUGUAAUCGAUGUGGUAAAGACUUUGCAGGUCACAGUUGUCUCCAAUAUCAUAAAAGAACCCAUAAUGGAAAGAAACCUUAGAAAUAUAAUCAAUGUGAUAAAGCCUUUUCACAAAGUUAUUGUCUCUAUAAUCAUAAAAGAACCCAUAUUGGAUAGAAACCGUAUGAAUGUAGUCAGUGUGCUAAAACCUGUGCAUAUCCCACUCGUCUGCAAAACGUUAAAGAUUCCACACUGGAAAGAAACCUCAUGAAUGUAAUCAAUGUGGUAAAGACUUUUUACAACUCUAUAGUCUCCAUUAUUUUUAAAGAACACAUAGAAGACAGAAACCUUUGGAAAGUAAUCAGUGUUGUAAAGCAUUUGAUGUCACAGUCAUCUAUGAUGACAUAAAAGAUCACAUACAAGUGAGAACCCACGUGAAUGUUAUGAAUGUAGUAAAACCUUUGCAUGUCAGAGUUCUUUAGGCAUACACAAGACAAACCACACAGCAGAGAAACCCCAAUUUAAAUGUUUGCUUUUCCGAGAGUUGGUUUGGUCAUGAGAUCUGUUCCUAGCCAUUGAAAGGCUGAGGGAGAAACCCUCUGAGUAUAUUUAAUAUGGCAAAGCCUUUGCACAAUUUUGUAGUCAUCUUUAUCAUGGAAGAAUUUGAACUGGGUAGAAACAUUGUGAAUCUAUUUAGUAUGAUGAAGCUUUUUCACUGAACGUCUUUAUAUAUAUAUUCUUUUUAUGAGACUAUUCAUACUGGAGACAGAUGCUAUGAAUGUCAGCAGUGUGGUAAAGCUUUUAAGUUGUUGGGUCCACUGAGGUUCAACACAACUCACACACCAGGACAAUGCAAAGGAUAAGAAUUUAUUGGGCUGAGCGGUGGUGGUGCACUCCUUUAAUCCUAGCACUCGGGAGGCGGAUGCAGGCAGAUUUCUGAGUUAGAGGCCCAACAAGUGUAGAGUGCGUUCCAGGACAGCCAGGGCUACACAGAGAAACCCUGUCUGGGGGGAAAAAAAAAAGAACUUAUUGGAAUUAAGUCACUACUGAUCAGUGAGAGACACAAAAGCAUACUCAGAAGUUUAUCUUCAAAACCCACCGCCCACACCCAAACUGAGACAGAAAGUUGUAUAGCUUUCAAACACAAAAACCUCAAAGUCCUGGGCCAACUUAUAGCUACAUUUUCUCCCAAAUCAAAAGUUGUUUUUAUUGAAUGAGUCAAUAAAUGGUGAUUGCUAACUCCUUGUA